CUCUCUCUCUCUCUCUCUCUCCCACGAGUCCUCGCACCAUCUAAUUAUUCAUUCUCUCUCUCUCUCUCUGAGGGGGAGGAGGAAUUCUUCGAUUCGAUUCGAUCCGAUCGAGACCCUCCUUGUCUUUGAAUCGGCUUCCAUGGCGACGAUCGGGAACAACAGCAUCAACGCCAAGCUCGUGUUGCUGGGCGACAUGGGCACCGGGAAGUCCAGCCUCGUCCUUCGGUUUGUCAAGGGCCAGUUUCUCGAAUUCCAGGAAUCCACGAUCGGGGCGGCCUUUUUCUCGCAGACGCUUGCGGUGAACGACGCCACGGUGAAGCUUGAGAUUUGGGACACAGCCGGACAAGAAAGGUACCACAGCUUGGCUCCAAUGUAUUAUAGAGGUGCGGCAGCAGCGAUAAUUGUGUAUGACAUCUCCAGAAUGGAAUCGUUUGAGAGGGCUAAGAAAUGGGUGCAAGAGCUACAAAAACAAGGUAAUCCCAGCAUGGUGACCGCUCUUGUAGGAAAUAAAUGUGAUUUAGAGGACAAAAGGGAGGUCUUAACCGAGGAAGCACGUACUUAUGCGGAGGAGAAUGGACUUUUCUUCAUGGAAACCUCUGCUAAAACUGCCAUCAAUGUGAAUGACAUAUUCUAUGAAAUAGCAAGAAGAUUACCUCGUGCUCAACCAGCUCAGCAACCAGCAGGAAUGGUUAUUGCAGAUAGACCAGCUGAAAUAUCACGUGCUUCAACGUGCUGUUCUUAGAUCGUUGGUGUUCAACUGUUGGAAAAAUGAGUCAAGAGGAGUGACAACAAAUCAAGUUGUUAAUUAUGGAGUAAAGCUUAAGAGACGCACCUGUAGGCUGCUUCAAAUUCUCACCUCCUGUUUGGACCUUGUCAUUUGCCUCAUGUUCUUUCCAUCAAACUCAUGAUAUUCCGGUGUGUAAUUAAUGUGCUCCGUGCUACUUUGGAUGGUUGAUCUGUUCAAGAUAAGGUUUGUAUGCCUAAAUUUGUCUGUUCCGUGCUACUUGGAAUGUUAAACGUCAGUUCUUGAUGCCUAAUAAAGCUUGUAUACUAUGGUA